GCGCGCGAAAACUUGACAGUUUUCAAGCCGCAAAUUUCGAGGCGGCAGCAUAUCAGGCCAGUCUGCUAAAAAUAUUAAAUUUAAUUCUUUUCUUUUGAUUUAAUGGUUUUGCUUGCGCAUUUCUAAAUAAAUUCAUAGUAGUAGUGCAAAUUGUGAGUAAAAUCGUUGUGUGAAUCAUUUGUUUUAAAAUUUCAUACUGUUUGAAAUCUACAAUGAGGAGGAAGAUCAACAAUAAUGUACCUGCCAUCAGUUGGGUCGGGAAGCAGUAUGAGCCGGAGAGAACAGAUACUGGAAUCGCUUUCAAAAACAAGAACAAGUACUUUUACAGGAAAUGUAUAUUUGGAGCUCUAACUCUGGAGAUUGGAAACUACGUAUUGGUUUCUAACUUUGACAAAGCUGAUCCCGGAACGAUCAAUGGAUGUGAUAUUGCGCGAAUUGAGCAUAUGUAUGAAAUAUUGGACGAUAAGAAAUCCGGUGAUAUAUUCAAAGCCACCGUUCAGUGGUAUUCCAAACCGGCGGGUUUGCCUCGUAGUAUUGAAAAGGAUGAAAACUAUGCGUUCGAUAAGGAUUACGAAGUAAUUGAAGAUUCUCGCUUUGAACCUAACAUAAGUAUAGACUCAAUUUUCAAUCAUUGUCGCGUAGAAAUUGUCGAGACGGACGUUGAUAUUUCACAAUUGGUGGCCAAAAAGGCAACCAAAUUACCAAUGUUUGUAGCACGAUAUAGACUAGCUAAAAUCUCUGGCUCUAGAAAAUUCCACCUGGAACCUUUGAAAAAUGCUGCAACAGAAUUAACGCCUCGAAAAAGGAAAUCCAUAGCUGGUCUGACUGGUCGUUCUGUUGGCAAAAGCGCUUCGAAAGAAGUACAGAAAACUCCAAAGUUGAAGAUUGAAUUCGUCAAUGUAGACGCCAUAGAGGACGAUUAUCAAGUUCUGCAAAACAUUUCGAACGAAGGCACAUGGGUGGUCAAAGCGAUUGAUAACGUAGAUCGUUCGGUUUAUAAGCAAAACUUGGUGCAGGUCACAGAAAGAUUGGGCGAUGUCGAAAUAAGCGACGAGGAGAGCUUAUCGCCUAAGAAAAUGGCGCGAAUGAACCAAGCUAGACGAAAAUCUGGCAACUUCCGCAGAAAUUUGAACGACAGUCUCCGGGGUGGAUCUCCUACGUCUGAAGAAGAUGUGUUGAACUAUUCAAUUGUUAAGGAUGAUUCUAAAGGCACUGAAAUGAAAAUAAGAUUGAAAUUAUCAGAACGCCACAAAUCGGAAUGUGAAACACCUACCAGAAAGUCGAUCAGGAAGAGGACGACGCCAGAAAAAGUCGAUUUUCUGGACAAUGAAACGUCUCCAAGAAAGUCUCGGAAGCCUGACGAUGUGGAAUCUUCCCAAACACCUACAACGAGACCACGACGAAAGAGUAUACUGAAAACUCCGAGCACCAAAACCGGAGAAGUCAUUGGUACCCCGAAACGACUUCAGCUUUCGAAUAUUGUCGAAGAGUUCACAGAGGGCCGACGAAUGUCGAGGAAAAUUACACAAACUCCGACAAAGGCGGAAUGUAUCGUUGAUGAACCUAAAACUCCCCGGUCCAGGACAAAUAACAAAACAACAUCUCAGACUAGUAGCGCAGCGAAGAGCAAACUUAUUCGCUCUGGUGCCAUAAAGCCCACUAUUCACAACAGGGCAGCCCCCUUGGAAGUGGCGUUAGAUAGUCAACUGGCGAUGGCUCGUGAACGGUUGCAUGUUUCGGCGGUGCCCACAAGUCUUCCCUGUCGCGAAAAAGAGUACAACGAAAUUUACAACUUCGUAGAAGGGAAAAUCAUCGAUGGGUGUGGAGGCUGCAUGUACGUUUCCGGUGUACCGGGAACAGGUAAAACGGCCACAACGACAGCCGUAAUUCGUUCGCUACAGGCUUCGGCCGAGGAGGAAGACAUUCCAAAGUUCGAGUUUGUCGAAAUAAACGGAAUGCGACUUACAGAACCACGUCAAGCUUACGUUCACAUCUAUCGACAGCUCACAGGGAAAACGCUAGCUUGGGAACAGGCGUACAACCUUUUGGAGAAACGUUUCACUACUAAAGCUCCCCGUCGUGUAACGACUGUCCUUUUAGUUGACGAGCUCGACAUCUUAUGCAACCGUCGCCAGGAUGUUGUCUAUAAUCUGCUAAACUGGCCCACUUUACCUUCCGCCCAGUUGGUGGUCAUCACCAUCGCAAACACCAUGGACCUUCCCGAACGUUUGCUGAUGGGAAAAAUUUCCUCCCGCCUAGGGCUGACGCGGCUCACUUUCCAGCCCUACAACUUCCGACAGUUGCAGGAAAUUGUGAUGGCACGAUUGAUCGGAACGUCCGCCUUCGAUGCGGAAGCCGUUCAACUUGUGGCACGUAAAGUGGCAGCCGUAUCCGGUGAUGCUCGCCGGGCGUUGGACAUUUGUCGAAGGGCAACCGAAAUAGCGGACGAUAAAUCCAAGCAGACUGGCCAGUUCGUAAGCGUGUCCAUGAUCCACGUCCAGCAAGCCCUCGGGGAAAUGAUAGCCAGCGCAAAGGUGCAGACGAUCAAAAGCUGCUCAAAGCUGGAACAGUUGUUUCUGCAGGCAGUUACAUCUGAGGUUACUCGCACCGGCAUAGAAGAAUGUUGCUUCCUGGGAGUGUAUUCGCAGUUUGAAACACUAGCAGCAAUCAACGACAUAAGAGUACCUAAUCCAGGACGAGCCAUUGCCAUCUGUAGCCGGCUGGGAGCUUCGCGGCUACUUAUUUGUGAGAAUUCACGCAACGAUAUUUAUCAGAAGAUUCUCCUCAACAUCAGCGCUGACGAUGUGCACUUUGCAUUGCAGGCAAGUAAGCUAAUUUGAAUUGAAUUAUGUUAAACAAAAAGUCUGACACAAUAUUAAGUAUGUAACAAAAUGUUUAUUCUUAUUAAACCGACAAAUUAUUUAAAGGAAUACU